AGACUUCAAAAGGAAUUUGAUAACAUGGCCAUGGUUCGUUAAUGGGACACUAUUUCGACAUGGAUUACUUUACGAGAGGCAAAAGCAAAUUGGAAAUAUAUUAACUGUGUUAUGAAAUUAAUUCAGAUGAACAUGAUGUGCCAUCACACUUUACCUCCAGUAUGAGUCUGUCUCGCACCCGAAUCAGAAGAGGACAGUAGGACAGCACAAGAGCGGAGUUAGUCGGUUAAUGGCUGGGAUGUUUGUCGCCUUCAGACAGAGCUUCUCGUCAAGAUGUUUGUGUCGACAGCCCGAGUCCGGCUGGUUGGCAUGCCCAACCGAGACAAGAAGAAGAAGGAACUCUCCAAGAGGAAACGCGCCCUUAGGAAGAAUCUGAAGCUCCGCGAUCUACUGCGCAUGCCCUGUCUCCUGCCGACGUGUGCUUCCUGUCUGCUUGGCUUCUUGGUCCUAAUGGGUGGCACGGCCAUGUCGGUCGUGGCGUAUCACCCGGCGUUUGAUAAUCCUUACGCGUCCCGGUAUAACGAAACACAAAACAUAACCACACCUCAGGGCCUGAGAGCCUGGUACCUACAGUAUGCUCUGCAUCGUCCCACGGCGAUGAAGAUCCUGUCUUACAUCGGACCAAUCUUCAUGGGCUUUGGUCUCUUUACAAUGAUAGUCGCUGGUGUCCUUUACUGCGAAUUUGUUGACAAGUAUGUAACUAUAUCUACCGACAAACAACGAAGUCUUAAGAGGAAGGUGCUUUAUCAGAUGAUCAUCGAACAAUUGAGGAGAAAUUAUUUCCGUGGCCUUGAGAUUCCUACAAGACGUCCAACUAUUCCGAACAUUGCACCAAAAGUUGUGCAAGCGCCUUUAUCCAGAUGCUUGAGCAUCAGCAGCCCCGUGCUGUGUCCACUUCCAGACAUAGAUCCCGGUAAGCGUCCCACAGACAGUCCAGAGACUGCGCAAUCCCCGACCAAACAUAAAUCGAGGCUGAAGGUCCUGCAGAGGGAACACUGGAUAAAGACGACUUCUUUACCGAACAUAAAACCUGACGUUGGUGUCGGUGACAGGUUAGAGGUUCUGUGCAGUUCUACUGAGAAAUACCUCAUGACGAAGCGGCUCUCUAAGAGUUGCGGCAACGUCGUGGACAUGUGUUCCAUCACCGGGAGCUACUCGUCCAGAGUGACGUCUUCUGGGUUCGACAACCUCGCCUACACACCCGACCAAGAAGCCUACACACCCGACCAAGAAGCCGGGCAGUUGGCGGCAUCAGGUGACGUGGUGUCACAGUCAUCGCUGCAUUCUAGAAUGACGUCACGUGAACCAAGCAGCGAAAAUCUCUGCACUCAAGGAACAAACAGAGACGAGUCUGAGAUUAAUAAGACCUCAAAUACGGAUGUACUGGUGGAUGUGGAUACGGAUGAGGAGGAUGAUAACUGUUCCAACAGCAACAACCAGUUGUUUUUCACCGAUGAAUGUGACGCGCCGUUACCCAAAGGGAAGCACGCUACUGUGAUCGUCCACCAGGCAUACGUGCACCAGUCGGCCGAAGCGUGUGAUUUAAAUAAUAUGCAAAUUACCAAUGAGAAACUCUUGUACGACUGUCCCGAAGUUCGGGACUCGAAUGACGCCAACAAGCGUGAUAUUUCCACCGUGAUCGACGAAAAAGAUUUAAGUGAGUCUGGGGACGAUGUGUCACAGCCGUUAAUGUUGAAUCAUGUGACGAUUUGUUUUGACGACACUUCGAGUAUCUCGUCUGAGAGUGCCUCACAGUCAGACGAUGAUGACGGAGAUAGUGUUGAUUUGUGCAAGUCGAAAUUAUUGUGAUUGUGUGUGGUCAUCCACAGAAUAUAUACUUGACGUGGAUUAAUCCUGAUCAUCAAAACAACAAUCAUGACGCCUAGUCAAUUAACUAAACAACAUCAGAUCAUUACACGUGUGUGUAUGGUUCUAACAACAUCAUCGAUGUUGUUCCGUAGCCCCAUACCACUGUUCUUUAUUUAAAUGCCCAAACUGUAACGCAUCUUUUAAUUUUAAUGACAAGAGUUUUACGAAUUGAUCUUUGCGCUAAGACCACCUUAAGUGCAUAACUACCGUAUGCGCUUAAGGUGAUUUUAGCGCCAAGAUCGCUUCAUUAGACUGGAUCAAGGUCACAAACACGUUAAUCUCACAACUUUGCACAUGUAUGAUUCCAAGGGGCGUUUUGACAAUCAUGAUGGUAUGCACCCAUAAUUCACUCUCAGGUGUUUCGUAUUUCUCCUACACAACGAUACAUCCUUCUACGGUAUUUGCUACUGUUAAGACUGGCUUCACAAAUGUGACCGAUGCUUUAUUACCGUCGUUUUGUCCUUAUGUCACAAGAGCUAAUAUUUAACGUUUGAGUCUUGGGUCUAGAAUCUAAAUUUUAUAGACAUUUCUCGGUGCUCUUUUUUACCACUAUAAAUACGUUCCUCACUGCUAUAGGAUCAGUUCUCUACAAGUUAAAACACAUGGGCGUGUUUUAAAGUGAAACAUUUUGGAAUCUCGUCUAAUUUGCUCGUGGGAAUCUCCUGGGUUUUGGGUUUAAUAUUCAUGCCUUUACUCCAGCAUGGAUGUCAGCAAGUUGAAAGUUCUUACAAAUUGUAUAGGAAACUUGAAUUCAUGUAACAUAUAAUAAUAUUAUGGUAUUAAAUAUUUUAAUACAAAUGUAAUUUAAUGUGACUUGUUUCUUCAAAUGGCAGCAUGUAUAUAAAUUACACUUCUUAGUGCAUUAAUGACACACAAUAAACUUGUUGGUUUUGUA